GUUGGAAGUAAAGUGCUACGAAUCCAGCAGAGACUCGGCAACGGGGCAUUCGGUGUGGUUUACAAAGUCAUAGAUGAAACAUCUAACGUCUACGCACUAAAAGAUGUCGUGUGUUUGAAAGGUUCAGACAUUCGCAACGCUAUUCGCGAGGUUCGAACCAUGAACCAAAUCUCGCACGAGAACGUGAUUUCGGUGAUAGCAGCGGAGCAGUUUCAGGAUGCCCGAGGUCUGCACAUGUUGAUUUUGACCGAAUACUGUGUGGGGGGAACCUUGAACGAGCGUCUCACGCGUCAGAGCAGCGAAGAAAUCAACUUCAAGUGGAUUCGUCAAAUGGCAGCAGCCCUUGCCUUCCUCCACUCAAGAAGAAUCGUUCACCGCGACUUGAAAGCCGACAACGUACUGCUGACUGCGACGGAAGAUGUAAAGUUGGCCGACUUUGGUCUGGCCCGAGAAUACAUUGCGCUCAAGCGGAUCGACGCCUCUCGUGACGAUGGGUCGUGGAUGUCAUGCUAUACACAAUAUUACAUGAAUUCAGGAGUUGGCCCGAUACAUUGGGUGGCUCCUGAAUUUUUCAGUGGCCGCUACACCGAGAAAGCCGACGUGUUUUCGCUUGGUACCUUGUUUUUCUCGAUUCUGGAGCGAGAUUUUGUCAUGAUAAAUGGCAAACCCAUGUACGGCGCGUUCAAGCGUAUUCCUGGAGGGGGCAAAGUUGGCAUUGGGUAUGCAAUGGCGAAUUAUGGUUCAAACAUCACCAUUCAGUUUUCACCCUACGCACAAGGAUCUGGUGCGCUGCAAAGGAUCGCUGUCGACGCGAUGCAGUACAAUAAAAAUGACCGCCCGAGCGCCGAAGAGAUUCAUAACCGAAUAACGAACAUUCAAGGAAGUGUUAGGCUCAGCAAUUCUGGGAAUCAAUCAAUCAAUCAAUCUUUAUUAUUUAAACACGGUAAAAUCCAUCAGGAAUUUAAAAAUUAAAGAUAACCUAACUAUCCUAAACAAAAUUCAAAACCUAACUACAACUAAUCUAACUAAAACCUGUUUUUCAUGAAUGCCGUGUAUAACAUUAAAAAUGAACAUUAACUAAUCUUUUAAAUUGACUAAGAGAUUCGGCUUCUCUCACAUGACAGGGUAGGCUGUUCCAGAGAACUGCUCCGCUAUAAGUAAAGCUGUUUUUCAUGAAAUUAGUUCGCGGAAAUGGGACAAAUAGUUUGUUAACAGAGUCCCUCAGGGAGUAACGCGUUUCAUUUCGUUUAACAAACUUAGAUGAUAAAUAUUCAGGAACAAGGCCAUUUAAAGACUUGUAUACCAUUAUGGAUUUCUGUAUUUGAAAUUGAGUGUUCAAGUCUUUCCAAUCGAGUUGUCUAAUCAAACGGUUAGCAUCAGCAUCAUAGCUAGAGAAGGUUAAAACGCGAGCGGCACGGUUCUGAAGCUUCUGUAGCCUGUCAAAUAAUGUUUUACNCUUUAAUUCUGAAUUGAUCCAGGGUGCUUUAUUUGUUCUAGUACGUCUAGUUCGGAGUGGCGCAUGAAUAUUAACAAUAUCCAAAAACUUCGUUUUCCAGUUAGUCCACAAAACAUUUGGAUCUUCAGAAACAUUACAGGACCAGUCUUGCUGGGCGAUAUCGUUCCGAAAACUCUCUCUAUUAAAAUUUUGGAAAUUUCUAUAAGAAAUGGUUGAGUGCCCUUUUGAAGGAAAAGUGAGAGAUAAUUUCCUAUAAACGUAAAUAAGGCUAUGAUCGCUGAUACCAAUAUGAGAGACUCCGGAACAGACUACCCUGUCAGUAUAGUUUGUAUAAAUUAAAUCAAUUAAUGUUGAAGAGGAUUCAACAAGCAUCAGAAGGAUGGUGCUGUUGACUUUGUGGUCCGCGGAUUUUACUGGAGGCUGCACCGGUCGGUGAGACAAGCAGUCAAGCUGAGUACAGAAUAUUAUGUGAUACCUGCACUAGUUUUAAAGUGUUGCUUACGAGGAUUCAAAGAAUAUUUUACAACUAGCAACCAAACAUCGGACGCGUUUUAAUGCACAAGGAAGUUUUUUUUUUUUUUUCAAUCUACCACCUAAUGAAACAAACAAAAAACGAAAUAAGGGCAGGCUUUAUUUCCCGUGAAAAUGUAUAUUUCUGAGACGCCUUGAAAAUGCUAUAAAUAGUUACUGUUUCAAGUUAAAGCGGCUAAGUAAAAAAUUGCAUAUAUUCAUAUGCGAUUUUCACAGAAUUAACAUGAGAUAAAUCUUUCGAGAAGAAGCUAGCUUUUCAGUUUAUUCGUUUUCGCUCGCUUUGUGAGCGUCCUUAGCGCAUUUGGCGCUCUCGCGGUCGACUUGUGACGAGUCUAUGUUGGCAUUGCGAGGGCCAGGUGUCAUUGGAAAUUCAAGUCGUUCAGGUUAAUCUACUAACUAUGUAAUAAUCAAUCUUCGAAGUUUAUAAUCACGGCAUUGCAUCUUUUGCACUGCUUCUAUAUUGACGAGAUAAUGAAGGAAGUUUUUCUUAAUAAAUGGUGCAAAGUUUAAAGUGAAAAAGAAAAGAAAAUGAAGAAAUCUGACACGGUUACUAAUAUAUAACGCAACAAACAGAAAAUUUUGUUUUCUGCGGCACAUAGCAAAAUUAAAGCAUAUUGGACAUCCGGCCUUAUUCCAAGAAACUGAAGUUGAUGAUUGCUUCCAUUGCUGAGGGAGCCUUCCUGUUCCGGUUCGUUUGUCAAGUUAGAAUUUUCUAUGCCAAAAAGCUGAAUAAAAAAAUAAUAAGAAGAAUUUGAGGUUUGGUACUUAAAGGAAAAUGGAGCAAGCCUUUGUAAACUUUCGCCCAAACGCAGAAGUUAGUUACCUGUCAUAAGUACAACAGCUUCCCUAAUAGUAGCGACCAAAAUAGAUUGAAGUGUUUGAAAAGAACUAUUCUACUAAACAACAGCAAAAACUUAAGCUCGCGUUAGGUCGCGUAGCAGUCGUUCCCUCUUACCUAUGCCCUUGCAUGUCUCGUACGCUAAUCCCGUUUAGCUCAAAGUAAAACUGAACGAAAACGGUGGCCAUGCAGGCUAAGGCUUCGUCGAUGUCUGUUAUGAGUAUGUUACUCAGUGAACGUUUACAUAAAUUCGUUUGAGGAGGCAAAAAGAAAUUGUUUCUUUCAAAUUUUUUUUCCCAUUAAUCAUCUUUCAAUGAUAUGUUUCAUUUUUUGUCUGAAGCUGGGAGAGAGGUUUUAACCCCUCCAGUCCCUCCCCUGGCUACGUCAUCCAUGACUUAUUUAGUUUUCUAAGAAAUACAACACUUUGAUUAGUCUUUACACUAGAACCUAAAUAAGCUAAGAAAUAUUUCAAGACAAGUAGAUUUUCAAUACUUCAAGUAAAAUAAAGCUUCACACACAACCGUUUCUUUUUUACUUCAGGUUAACUUAAGGCUAUUUUUUUUUUUUACCUCGCAACAUAAUUAACAGUAAUUGACAUGCUUCGCCUUCUUCAUAGCUCAAUAAACCGUAAUUUCGCUAAGUCGGUUAGGAUGGUUUUCAAGUCACUUGAAACUUUUCUUGAAUCUUUUCAACUUACCGACUUUAAUUAGAUGCAAAGUAAAAUAACUUGAGAUUUGUCUUGUCUUCAAACACAUAUCUUUGGGUAAGUAAAACUUAGCAGCUUUGCAAGCGUAAGGUCGAGAUGGUAGGAAAUUGGCCAUUUUUUUGCCAUCUUAAUGCACGUCGAAGUUCAAGUUCAAAACAUAUCACCAUAUUAGCUAGCCAUCUUCACCGAACAAGCUAGCGGGUCAAUAAAGGAUUUACUAUAAGGCCAAAACAAAAUCUGUUCUCGCGGGACAAAGUGGGAAAUUCCGAGCAUCUUGAGCUCUCGGGUAGCCAAUUAGAACGCAGCAUUUGUCCCACCCCAAUCUCCUAGCAGUUUCUUUGCCCUCGCCCGCCUAUUUAGCGUGCCCAACCAAAACCGCCAUGCUACGCGGGCUACAGCAUUCGCUUCACCUGGCUAUUAUUAUAAGAUACUUUUUUACUAGCCUGUGCCAGGCUCUCAGAUAGUAUAGUGGGAACGUAUUAAAACGAGCAAAGCGAAAAUAAGACGCACACGACUUGGGAAAGGGGGCGGUGGCGCCGCCCUGUCCCUCCCCAGCCCCCGCGUGUUUUUCGCAUUUCUUAUUACUGAACGACUUUCCACCACCAUCUCGGAGCCUGGAACAGGCUACUUUUUUACAAACACGUUGUCUUAUCACGAGUGGAAAAACGGAAAGAAAAGUAUGCCCUUUAACCUCGGGGCCCCUCUAAAUGUUGGAGGAAAACUGGUGAAAAUUAAGCGACCACUCGGUUCGGGGGCUUUUGGUGAUGUGUACAAAGUGCGAGGACAAGGCAACUGGAAUGAAGUAUGCGCUAAAAGAUGUCGUACAUCAAUCAGAAGAGUCGAUAGCUGAAAUGAAAGAAAUUCACAUAUUAGGACAAAUCUCUCACGCAAAUGUGGUUACACUGAUUGCUCGAGACAGCCUAAAGCCCGUUGAUCCUAAGAGUUUGCACGAACUAAUUUUGAUGGAGUACUGCGCAGGGGGAAACUUGAACGAACACCUCCAUCGACCAAGCAGUGAUAUAGUAAACGUAAAGUGGAUGAAGCAAGCAGCCAGUGGCCUUGACUAUCUUCAUGAACGGAAUGUAGUCCAUCGCGAUCUGAAAACUGAGAAUGUGCUGUUAACCGAAACUGAGGAUAUAAAGCUUGCUGAUUUUGGUUUAGCAAGACCGUUCAUCGCACUGAAAACAAAUACGCGAUCAUGGUUUUCUACUGACCCAUUGCUGGCAAAAUAUUACAUGAAUUCACAUGUCGGCACACCCCACUGGAUGGCCCCAGAAGUUUUUAAAGGUCAUUACGCAGAAAAAGCCGACGUGUUUUCCCUUGGUGCCAUUUUCUUUGCAAUCCUGCAAAGGGAUUGUGUUGAUGUGAAUGGUAAAAAAUUUUAUGGUGCGUUUCAUCGAGUAGGGGUGUCCCCGUUCAGCGCCCAAACGGUCGGCCUUGGUUAUGCAAUGGCGGAAUAUGGUGCGCAAAAUAUUAUUCAAGCUGCGUUUUCAGACGGAGCACAAGGCUCCAACACAAUGAAAAGCAUCACUCUCGAUGCUCUACAGAAAAAAGCAAAUGAACGACCCACUGCUGCCGAGGUUCACAGGAGACUGGAGGAGGUCAUGGAGGAAAUGCAAUUCUGGGUAACAGAGGCUUCCGCAUAUUGUUUUACCAUUUCGUAAUUUAAUAAUUUUCAACACAAAACAAAUUCAAUAGCAAAGCUACUCUUUCAUGUUUGAAGCACUCUCUUUUGUUGAAUAGUCCAUUUGCAGCUGGUCAGCCACGUGGUACAAGUUAGACCGCGUUGUCCUCUUUACGUUUAAUUUUUCGUCACGCUGUUCUAAAAUAUAUUCUGUUCUAUCAAUAUAUGAUUUUCAUAAAAUCGUUAUUUCAAAGUGAAAUACCAUUUUAAAUGAUGUGAGUUCUUGCGUCCCAGCAUGGCGUUUUCGUACCAGUUGACUGCCCAGCAGGUGGACAACUGUCAACAUCAUCUAGACAUCAUUUGUACACAGUUUUGUAUUGCUGCACCUGUUAAGUUUCAAAACAACAUGAUUUUACAUAAAAUUUGUUACCACUAUGCGGAGUUCAUAUAAGAAUCUACGUGGCUUAGUUAAGUAGAAAAUAAUACGUAGGUCGGUGUACCCUGCAAGCAGGGGCUACAUUUUCGCGGUAUGAGCUGGCGUACAAAAGUACUGGGCUCCUCUGCUCGCAGGGUAGAAGCGGUGAUGUAUGAAGGCUGAAAAUUAUUAGACAAGUAUAGGACGGAGUGAAGUACAAUUCAUCACAGAGUGCAAGUUAAAAUUACAAGCGCGACUACCCUAAAUUGUUCGACGCGAAGUCCUGUUACCAAUGGUCGGCAAAAUAAUAUUCAAGCUGCGUUUGCACCCUACGCACAAGGAUCUAGUGCGCUGCAAAGGAUCGCUCUCGACGCGAUGCAGUACAAUAAAAAUGACCGCCCGAGCCCCGAAGAGAUUCAUAACCGAAUCACGAACAUCCAAGGAAGUGUUAGGCUCAGCAAUUCUGGGAAUCAACAAGCAUCAGAAGGAUGGUGCUGUUGACUUUGUGGUCCGCGGAUUUUACUGGAGGCUGCACCGGUCGGUGAGAUAGACAGUCAAGCUCAGUAUAGGAUAUUAAGUAAUGCCUGCACUAGUUUUAAACUGUUACUUGCGAGGAUUCAAAGAAUACUUUACAUGUAGCAACCAAACAUUUUGCUCAAGGAAGUCCUGAAUUUACCACCUAAUGAAGAAAUACGGUUUUCUCAGAAAUAUCAUUAAAUAAAUCUGGAAAACGUACUUUUUUUAGUUAUUUAAUUUUUAGUUGAGUCGCCCCUCUCGCAACUCCAUCACUUCCUUCAUGAACGUCUCUAGCGCCGGCUUUCGGCACUCUCCCGGUCGACUUGUGUCCCGGGGGGCGGAGGGGGGCGUUACUCCCUAAAAUGGCCUAUACGGGAAGGCUCCGCCCGAAAGGGGAACCUUUUUCAAGGUUCAGGUACAUGAAAAGGUAGGGAUUUUACUCGUUGAAUGCGAAAGGGUAAGAAAAUCUGUCAUUUGGGUCUGCAAAAGGGCCCAUAGGGCUAACAGAUGAUUUUUAUGGCUCUAUAAUGAAGUCGAGAAAACGUUCGAUUUUUUUGAUUGAUUCCUAUUUAAACGACAGUGCAUUUACAGCAGUUAAAAAGGAUGAAAAGUUCUAAACAAGGAAUGUGAAAGGGGUACCAUUUGUCAAUAGAAGGUAUUUGAAGGGGCACCUUUUUCGUGGGAAAUGGUAUAUAGAGCCUCCCCGUAUAAAAAUUUCUUGCGUACCCCCCCCCGCCCCCGGACUUGUGGCGAGUCUAUGUUUGCAAUUCCGAGGGCAAGGAAUGUUACUCGGAAAUUCAAGUCGUUCAGGUUGACCUUCAUAAGAACUAGUCAUGGCAUUGCAUCUUUUGCACCGCGUCAAUACUGACGUAGUAAUAAAGGAAACCUUUCUUGAAUGGUGCAUAAUUCAAGGUGAAAAAAAAAAGAAAGAAAAAAGACAACAGAAAUGGUUAUCUACGCAACAAAUAGAAAUAUUGCUCUGAGCACAUACGUCAACGAAAUUCAGGCAUAUAUGGACAUCCAGCAUUUUUCCAAGUAAGUUGAUAAUUGUUUGCAUUUUAGUUGCAGAGGGCGACUUCCUGUUCCGGUUCGUUUGCCUAGUUAGAAGUUGACUACACUUGCACUUCCCUCGAUUGUGUCCUUUUAUGCUUUAACGUGAUUAUGAACAACCAAGGAAGCCGCUUUUAUUCUGGCUGAAAAGAGAGGAGCCGAAACCGAGCCGAGGUUGGUACUGAGAAGAGAAAGAGAACGAGUGGGGACUGGGUGAUAUAACCACCGGCGCUUUUCAUGCUACUUCCGGUCUUUUCUUAAAAUUCUUGGAAACGUAGGGCUAUUAUGUAAAUAGGGCUCAUCUUUCUAAGAAUGUCGGUUUGUGUGCCUUCAUAUGAGUGUGACAAAAACGGCAGCGAAGAAGUAAACGUUUCACUGAUUGGUAUCUUAAACCAAAAUGGAGCAAGCCUCUGAAAACUUUCGCCCAAAUUCGAGAAUUAAAGUCGGAAGUAGAAGGCUGAGAAUCAAGCAAAGACUAGGCAAGGGGGCUUUUGGAGUCGUGUAUAAAGUCAAAGAUGAAGCAACUGCCAGAGUUUACGCAUUAAAAGACAUUCUGUGUAUCAAUCGUUCUGAAAUUAUGAAUGUCCUUGGCGAGAUUAGUACAAUGAACCAAAUCUCCCAUGAGAAUGUGAUUUCUGUCAUAGAAGCAGACCGCUUACUUGAUGACGAAGGCGACUUGCACAUGUUGAUUCUGACCGAGUACUGCGCCGGUGGAACAUUAAAUGAUCGUCUUGCUCGACCAAGUAGUGAAGAAAUGAAUUUCAAAUGGAUGAGACAAACAGUCGACGCUCUUGCCUACCUUCAUUUAAGCGACAUAGUUCACCGUGACUUGAAAGCGGAAAACGUGCUCUUGACAGCAGAGGAGGAUAUAAAGUUGGCUGACUUUGGCUUGGCGAGAGAGUUCAUUGCACUCAAGACCGAUGUUCUACUUGACGAUGACUCGUGGAUGAACAGCUACGUGCAGUACUAUAUGGAUUCAGAGGUUGGUACGCCGUAUUGGAUGGCUCCAGAGGUUUUUGCUGGCCACUACACUGAAAAAGCUGACGUAUUUUCGCUUGGAGUUCUCUUUUACGCGAUCCUGCAGCGUGAUUAUAUCACUGUCGACAGAAAAAAAUUUUACGGCGCGUUCAAAAGUAUUCGUGGUCAGGGCAAAGUAGGCCUUGGUUACGCAAUGGCAUAUCACAACCCAAACUUCACCAUUGCUUUCUCAGAGCAAGCGCAAGGUUCCAAUACUCAGCAAAGGAUUACACUUGAGACCCUACAGUACGAUGAAGAUGAUCGACCAAGUGCUGAAGAGAUUCAA